AUGUCAGACACAGCAGGAAAAACAAUUACAUGUAAAGCCGCAGUUGCCUGGGAAGCUAAUAAGCCAUUGAGUAUUGAAACUAUUGAAGUUGCUCCUCCUAAAGCACAUGAAGUCCGUAUCAAGAUUUAUGACACUGGUGUUUGUCAUACUGAUGCUUACACCUUGAGUGGUGUUGAUCCGGAGGGUGAAUUCCCAGUCAUUUUGGGACACGAAGGUGCAGGUGUCGUUGAGUCAGUUGGUGAUGAUGUCACCACCGUCAAGCCAGGUGACCACGUUAUUGCUUUGUAUACUCCAGAGUGUGGUGAAUGUAAGAUGUGCAAGAGUGGCAAAACCAACUUGUGCAGUAAGAUCAGAAACACUCAAGGUAAGGGAGUUAUGCCUGAUGGAACCUCAAGAUUCACAUGUAAAGGCAAGAAACUUCUUCAUUUCAUGGGAGUCUCCACUUUCUCUCAGUAUACUGUUGUUGCUGAUAUUUCAGUUGUGGCAAUUAAUCCAAAAGCUCCAUUUGACACUUCGUGUUUGUUAGGAUGCGGUGUCACCACUGGUUAUGGUGCUGCAACAAUCACUGCUAAUGUUCAAAAAGGAGACAAUGUGGCAAUUUUCGGUGCAGGAUGCGUUGGUUUGUCGGUCGUUCAAGGAUGUCACGAAAGACAAGCUGCUAAAAUCAUCGUUGUUGAUAUCAGCAACAAAAAGAAAGAAUGGGCAACCAAAUUUGGUGCAACUGAUUUUGUCAACCCUACUGAAUUACCUGAAGGAACAUCUAUUGUGCAAAAAUUGACUGAAAUGACCGACGGAGGUUGUGAUUACACUUUUGAUUGUACUGGUAACGUAAAUGUCAUGAGAGAUGCUUUAGAAGCUUGCCACAAAGGAUGGGGUACCUCAAUCAUUAUUGGUGUUGCCGCUGCUGGUAAAGAAAUUUCGACCAGACCAUUCCAAUUGGUUACUGGUAGGGUAUGGAAAGGUGCCGCUUUCGGUGGUGUUAAAGGAAGAUCCCAAUUGCCAGGAAUUGUGGAUGACUACUUGGAAGGUAAGUUGAAGGUGAAGGAGUUUAUUACUGAUAGAUUUGACUUGGAUCAUAUCAACAAUGCCUUUGAUGCUAUGCACAAGGGAGACUGUAUCAGAGCUGUUGUUAAAAUGUGA